AACCUCCUCAAUAUUCUUAUUCAUUACACACAAUCCACCACAAACUGCCCAUUUUUCUAAAUCCAAAAAACCAUGAACAAUGUACAAGUUUUCAAUGCUUACGAUCGCCAAACCGAUCUCAAAGCUUUCCACAACACCAAAUUGGGAGUAAAGGGACUGGUCGAUUCCGGCGUUACCCAAAUCCCAAGAAUCUUCAGCCACGACGAUCAAUCCCCGUCCCUCAUCUCCUCCCCUGCUGCUGCUGUGGCGGAGAAAUUAGCCGGCGAAACAGAGGCCAAGAACUUAGCAAUCCCUGUUAUUGAUCUACAACAAACCCACAAAAACAGAGCAAAAAUAAUCAACGAAAUCAGAGAAGCCUCCGAGAAUUGGGGAUUCUUUCAAAUCCUUAACCAUGGAGUUCCGUUGCCCGUUAUGAAAGAGAUGAUGAACGGAAUCCGGCGGUUUCACGAGCAAGACGGCGAAAUGAAGAAGGAUAUUUACUCGAGAGAUUUUCAGAGGAAGAUUCUUUUCAAUACUAAUUUCGAUUUGUUCAAAGGGGUUUCGACGAAUUGGAGGGACACGUUGACGGUGGUGGUGGCGCCGCAUGGGGUGGAGCCGGAGGAGAUACCGGCGGUUUCUAGGGAGGCUAUUUUGGAUUUCUCGAGAAGGGUGAAGGAACUGGGAGACAUUUUGUUGGAAUUUUUGUCGGAAGGAUUAGGAGUGGCGCCAAAUCGGCUGAAGGAGUUGGGUUGUGGAGAGGGAAUGGUGAUGUUCUGCCAUUACUAUCCGCCGUGUCCUCAGCCGGAACUCACUUGGGGAACCACCGAUCAUACCGAUGGUUGUUUUCUGACGGUUCUUUUGCAGGAUGACUUCGGCGGCCUCCAAGUCCGCCAUGGCGAUCGGUGGGUGGAUGUUCAUCCCAUUGAAGGAGCUUUUGUUGUAAACAUUGGCGAUUUCAUGCAGUUGAUGUCCAAUGAUAGGUUCAAAAGUGUGAAUCAUAGGGUUUUAGCAAAUAAAGGAGGGCCAAGAAUUUCAGUGGCAAGUUUCUUUAGGUGCAAUCUUCCACCAGAAAAUGGUUUAGUUUUUGGACCUCUUAAGGAGUUAAGAUCAGAAGAAAAUCCAGACAUUUAUAGAGAAACAUCCAUCAAAGACUAUGUGGCUCACUACUAUCAGAAAGGCCUCAAUGGCAUAUCUGCUCUUGAACACUUCAAACUUUGAAGAAAAUAUGAUGCAAGUUUUAGUUAUGUUUGAAUGCACGCAUGUGUGGAAUCCAAUAUUAUUGUUUAAUAAUGUAUUUGAGAAAUAUGAUGUAGUGGCUUUUGGUUUAGAUGGAAAUAUCUAUCAAUAUGUUGAUAUAUCUGUAAAUCAGAAGUUUCGACUUUGAUAUAUUAAAUAUUAAUAGAUAUCUUCAAUAAUUAAGGAUUAA